AUAAUCAGUAUAUUAACUGCAUUAUAAAAGUCCGCAGAACGAAUCAAUCCAAAUAUAAGAAAUCUUUUGUAAAUGAUUGAAAAUAAUCUGUGUUUUAUUCAUAACAGGUAGGGGCAUACUCUGUUCCCUAUGUAUCCGGCAUCAACGCCGUCCCAAGAAGUGUCCGGCAGGCCGAGCGACUUGGAAUGAAGUCCCUUGUACCACCAUUCCCCGACAAGCCUGCAAGACUCACCAGAACAGCGUCUCGCACAAGGAAGCUGUCAUAUUUGAGUCCACGGCAGCGACGACAGCCGGCAGUAUUGAGGGAGGAUUCGUACAGGAGAGAGAUGCCAACUGUGACUCCAUGCGGAAGGCAAUGAUGCUACUUUACUGGCUGGUGAAGGAAGAGAUUCCGCACCAUACGAAGUCCGAGUCACUCGUGGACACCAUCAAGGGGAUGGGGAUGGACGUGCUGAACAUGCUGACGCUCGGAGGCAAUGCCAACUACAUGAGCAAUAACUUCGUGCACAAGACGGUGGUCCUGUUUGGAAACGUCAUCUUCAGAGACAUUGUGGCAGAGAUCCAGCAGUCGCCAUUCUACUCGGUGAUGAUCGAUGAGACGAAAGACAUUGCCACUCACAGCCAGCUGACCAUCUAUGUGCGAUAUCUUCAUAUGGGCUCCAGUAAGACAGUGUUUUGCUCACUAGUGAAAGUUAACAACGGGAAGUCCGACACCAUCCGGGCUCCUAUCAUCCAGUUCUUGCGUGAUGCUCAACUGCAGCUGAACAAGAUGUGCGCGUUUUGCAGCGAUGGUGUGGCAGCCAUGCUGGUGAAGAAGAAUGGCGUUGCUGCACAACUCCAAACCAUGGUACCCACAUCCUGGUGAACCACUGCGUCGUCCACCUUCUGGCGUUAGCCAGCUCACAGGCCGCUGAAAAUGUGCCAUACUUCCAUAAGUGCCACAGCUUUUCCGGUUUUAUCACGCUAGUGGUGUUAGAACAGCUUCUCUUUUAGAGAUUCAGAGCCUAAGGUGAACGUCACUGAAGCAAAGAUGUUUGAUGGUUGUCCCACAACAAGGCCGUGAAGGUGAUCAGACACUGUCUGCCGUACCUGCUUACCAGUCUGGAGCAUGAGGCAAGAGAGCGAUGCGACAUAGUGGCACAGGGGCUGGCUAUUUUCAUGCAGCAAUACCGAUUCGUGGCAGCUCUGAUGAUGAUGUCAGAAUUUGCCCGUACUGGUGAACCUGUCCUUUGCGCUGCAGAUAUGUUACAUCAGAGCAAUGAACAAUGAAAACAUCCUUAUUUAUUAAAAUGAGAAUUUAUUCAAUAUUUAUUUUACCUUAUUGAUACAAAAAAGCUCUGUAUAAACAUGUGUUUUUCAAAUAAAUGAAGUAAAAAUGCAUUGAUAGUUGAACACCUGUAGUAUAUAUUCACAGUGUCAUGGAUGCACGUCUUUUGCUUCACAUUUCAGACAAAGGAUUCGGUCUACACCACAGUCGAAACUCUUGUGAUGGGUGCCAUCAACACGGUCCGGUCAAUGAAAGAGCUGAACUACAGGGAGCUUCCCAAUACCAUAGGGCAACUGUCAGACCAGCCGUUUCGCUUCAAGAAACCCAGCACAAACGACGUCUCAGAUUUCAAGAAUAACGUCUUUGACGUUAAAGUUUAUCGACGCCGUUGUCACCAAUCAGAAGAGCAGAUUCCCUCACAUCCCCGUGAUUAACUCUGAUUUGCAGAUGCUGGUGGAGCAGUUUACCGCAGUACUACCAGAUGCCACCAAGUACAGGGUCCUCAGAACACCAUCGCUCUACCCUGAAACGAGUAAAGACGGCGCAGCAAAACUGUCUGCAAAAUGAGGCACUGAACGCAGUUUUACGCGUUUCCAUGGAGGGUCCUAGUGUGGCAGACUUCUCCAAGACGGAGGCAGAGAAGAUUGUGUGCGAGUGGGCGAGAGAGAAACGCCGGCUCCUUGUUUGAUUGUAAAAUAACUGUGUUAAGAUAUCUGUGUAAACAAGGGUUAUGCUAUGUCGUUGUAUGCAAUUGGGUCAUGUUCCCGUCUUAAGUUUUAUGAAGUUAU